CGGGGUUUGAACGGGCGCGCGGCGGGCCCCGCCCUCUGGCGGGCGGCGGAGCAGCAGCGCAGCCCCUGCAUCACACAGAAGCCCCUGAGGAGGAGCCCCCGGGAUGGCCGGGAAGGAGCAAGGGAAGGAUGGAGAGGAUGGAAGCACGGACGGCUGGGCCGGCAUCGAGGAGCGCCUGGAGAGGAUCCGGGAAAGCCUCCGGAACCCCUCUGCCCCCCACUCCCGCCGCAUCCAGGCGUGCGACCGCGCCCUGCGCGCCUGCGUGGCCGAGCUGGCCCGGCCGGGCGGGCUGGUAGCCCACGGCGCCCAGCUGCUAGCCCUGGCCCAGGAGGCCACCCAGCUGUACCUGAGCCUGGUCCCCGAGCCCCCUCACCUGUACCUGGAGAAGAUCCUGUUCCACGUGCUGCGCAACGCCGCGGGAUGGGUGGGACCCCACGCCUGGAGCGUGGCCGAGCUGCUGCGGGCGCGGCUGCGGCGCGGCCACCGCCACGGCGACUGGGCCACCGUGGCCUCCAGCGCUUUCGGGGUCCUGUGGCGAGCUGCGGCCGCUCUGGCCGGGCCGGAGCGGCCGCGGGAGGAGGGCAGGGCGGUGCUGACCGCCAGGAUCCGCGCCCUGCGCUUCCUGCUGCUGCUGGAGUCGCGGGACGGGGAGCGCCCGCCUCGCGAGCCCUUCCAGCCGCCCUUCCUCACCUCGCAGACCGCCCAGAACGCCGCGGCCGCCGCCGCUCUCUACCAGGCUCAGAGGGCCCCGUGCCCGCUCUUCCUGGCCAGGCAGCUCCGGGAAUUCCUGCUGGAUGCUCUGCGGGACGAGGCCCCGCGGCCUCCGGGCCUCCAGCACUCCCUGUGUUUCCUGGAGCUCACCCUGGAGCGCUGCCGCCACCUCUGCAAAGCCCGGCGGCACCGCGACGCUCUGGACGCCCUGGAGGAGUCCAGAACCUUCCUGGGAGCCGGGAAUUCUCUGGGAGCCGCUCUGGAGCUGCUGGGAGCCGGGAUCCAGCUCAGCCGGGCGCUGGCCAAAGGCGGGGGGCGGCGUGGGGCCGUGGCGCCGGCCUUGAGGCGGGCGGGAGCGGCGCUGGCGGCGGAAUUUUCCGGAAGGAUCCUGCGGGUGCUGCUGGAGAGCUCCCAGUUCGUGCUGGCGCAGCUCGGGGAGGUGCUCAGGAGGGGCCGGGAGCUGCCCCUCGGCCCCCAGGAGCUUCCCGGGAUUUGUGGCUUCUGCCAGGGCCACGGGCGGGCGCUGCGGCGGCUGCUGGCCCAGGUCCCUCCUGACUCCAUCCAGGAGCAGGUGAUGGUGAAGCAGCUGCUGUUCCACAGCCUCCAGCUCUUCUCCAGCGCCAUCCAUGAAAUAUUCCAGCGCUCCCAGCCCUCGGGGUGGCCGGAGCUGGCGCAGGUGACCACGAGCUGUGUCCAGAGCGUCACCUGGAUGCUGGAGGGGCUGGAGGGGCUGCCCGAGGCCGAGAGGGGCAAGUUCCUCGAUGUCACCGCUGCGGCCGCCUUCCGCCUGGGCCAGGCCUUGAAGAGCCAGAACGUUCCGGAAGCGGCCGGAGCCGUGUGCGAGCCCCUGUGCCGGGCAGUGCUGGCCGGCCACGGCUACGGCUGGCCCGGAGUCACCCCGGAGCGGCUCCACAGGUGCUUCCGGCUGCAGGUGGAGAGCUGGCGCUGCCGGGGGCGGCCCGAGCGCGCCCUGGACGCCGUGGCCCAGUGGCUGCUGGCCCUGGGGCCACACUGCCAGCACUCCCAGCCCGGCUCCCUGGUGGCCGAGCCGGUGGCGCUCUGGGCCAGGAUCAAGACGGAGGCGGCCAAACAGGGAGCGGAGGAACUGCGGCUGCGGACCCUGCGGGACGCCCUGGAGUCCCAGGCCCGAUCCCAUUCCCAGCCCCUCUCCGGGGACACCGUGCUGCUCCUGCUGCUGGCCGAGCUCCAGGCCUACAAAUCCCUGCGGGGCCCCACGGGGCCGGAGCGCUACAACGUCCUGUGCGACCUGCUGGGCCUGUGGGAUCCCGAGGGAGCCUGGGAUCCCCCGGGAUUCCGGGAUCCGGGGGGGAGCCGGGACCCCCCGGGAAUGCCGGACCCCGGCCGGAGCCUGCCCAGGGCGGUGGCGCUGCUGGAGCUGGGACAGCUCCUGUGCAGCCACAGCUUCAGCACCCACACCGACUGCUCCGCCCUGGACGCCGUGCAGGAGGCCCUGAGGCUGCUGGAGUCGCUGUCCCGGAAUUCCCAAAGCUGCAAUUCCCAAAUCCGGGAUAAGCUCCUGGACGAGCGCGCCCAGGCCCUGCUCUGGCUCCACAUCUGCACCCUCGAGGCCCUCGUGGAAAAGAGCGUGGCCCGGGAGCGGCGCGGGCGGGGCUCGGAUCAGGAUCCCGAGGGAGAGCGGCCGGAGCCGCGGGACGGGAUCCGCUGCAGCCUCAGCUCCGACAGCGCUCUGUCCAAACCCUUGGACGAAGCCUUUUCCCUGUGGAAAAAGCUGCUGGAAAAUCCUGGAAUUCCUGAGGUGCGCAGCCCGGAGCAAACCGUGAGCUCCCUGCAGCUCCUGGCCGCGCUCUACCGCCUCCAGGACAAGCCCAUCCAAGCCCUGGAGAGUUUCCUGCUGCUGCGCUCGCUGUGCCGGCGCCUCGGGGAUCCUUUGGGAACGGCCGAUUCCCUGUGCCAGCUCAGCCGGAUCCUGCUGCAGCUGCACUGCCCUGCCCAGGCCCAGUUUUUCCUGGAGGAGCUGGAAUUGUGCCUGGAGCAGGACCAGGGCCCCGAGGAUUCCCGGCUGCUGCUGCGCCACGCCCGGCUCCUGCUGCGCAGCCAGCUCUGCUGCCUCCAGGCGGAUCAGGGCGUGGCCCUGCUGCUGGAGGCCCUGAAGGAGCCCCAGGCCCAGAGGGCCACCAGGAGCUGGUACCUGGCACAGGCCCAGGGGCUGCAGCUGGUGGCCGCGUUCCUGGAGCUGCCCCCGGCGCUCCUGGAGGCGCCGCUCCGCGAGCGGAUCCGGCGGCACGGCUGGAGCAGCCCCAAGGUGGCCCUGCUGGAGGCGCAGAAGCUGCUGCGGAGCGUCCUGGUGUUCCUGCUGGGCAGCGACGUCCUGGGCAGCGCCCGCGGCCGCCCGCCCGAGGAGCCCGGCCCCGACUGCGGCCCGGCGCUGGUGCUCAAGUGGCAGGUGCUGGGGGACGCCCUGGGCUGCUGCCAGCGCCUGGUGACGCUGCUGGGCCACUGCGAGGUGCUGUGCAGGGCCAGGGCCUUCUGCAGCGAGGGACUGACCAUGGCCGGACACCUGCAGGCCGCCCGCUGGUGCACGGGGUUCCUGGUGCUGCAGUCCCAGCUGGAGCUGCAGCAGGGGGAGCUGGAGCUGAGCCAGUCCCACCUCCAGCACGCCCAGUUCCUGCUCCAGCCACAGACUGAACCCAAACUUUUCCGGGAGCCUCAGCGCCGGGCCAAGAUCCAGCUCCGGAAGGGCCACGUGGAGAAGAAGAAACCCCAGGAUCCCAUUCCUGACCCCAUUCCCGGCGGGGAGGAGGACGAGGAGUUCCUGAAGGGUCCCUCCCUGGACGUCCUGGCUCUGGCCGCGCUCCCGGAGCAGCCGGACGCUCUCACGGCCUCGCCGGAGCUGAAGGGAAGAAAAGUCUGGAAAAGUCUGGAAUUCCUGUGCCAUCCCUCGGGGUGUCCCUGCUCCUUCUGCUCCGACCCCGCCCUGGUGGCCCUGGGGCUGCGCUGGCUGCUGGCCCAGGCCCGGGCGUGGCUGGUGGCCGGGGAGGUGGCCCCGGGGCUGGCGCUGGUGCGGCAGGCGCUGCCCCGCUGUGCCAGCGCCGGCGCCCGCCUGGCACGGGAGGCGUGGGGCAGGGUCCCUGCGGUGGGGCUGGGGAAUGGGGACACCGGCAGGGACAGGGGAAUUCCUGGGAAUGGGGACACCGGCAGGGACAGUCCUGGGAAUGGGGACACCAGGAGGGACAGGGGAAUUCCUGGGAAUGGGGACACUGGGAGGGACAUUCCUGGGAAUAGGGACGCCUUUAGGGAUAGGGGAAUUCCUGGGAAUGGGGACACUGGGAAGGACAUUCCUGGGAAUGGGGACGCCUUUAGGGAUAGGGGAAUUCCUGGGAAUGGGGACACCGGCAGGGACAGUCCUGGGCAUGGGGACACUGGGAACGACAUUCCUGGGAAUGGGGACACCUUUAGGUACAGGGGAAUUCCUGGGAAUGGGGACACCUUUAGACCCUUCUGGGAAUGGGGACACCGGCAGGGACAGUCCUGGAAUGGGGACACCUUUAGGGACAGGGGAAUUUCUGGGAAUGGGGACAGGAAUCUGCCAGACCCCGCUGGGAAUGGGGACAUUCCUGGGGAUGGGGACAUUCCUGGGAAUGGGGACAUUCCUGGGGACAGGGACCUUCCUGGCAAUGGGGAUGCCCUUGGGGACAGGGACACCCCCAGGGACGGGGACACUCCUGGGGACAGGGACCUGCAGCACCCCUCUGGGAUCAGGGACCUUCAGGGCCACCCUGGCAAUGGGGACACCUCUGGGGACAGGGACCCAUCCCCCCUGGGCCCGCUGGCCGAGCUGGUGGCCACUGGCUACUCCACGCUGGCCCUGCAGAGCCUGGCCAGUCCAUCCCAGUGCCACCCCACUUGGGACGAGGAGCUGGAGCAGGGACUGACCCUCUUGGGGUCCCAAAGUCCCCCCGUGGCCGGCCUGGGGGUGGCCGUGGCCACUCUGCUGCUGGCCAAAGCCGUGGCCACCCUCGGCCACGUGGCCACCGCCCUCGGCCGCUCCAUGGACGACAUCCUAGCCCAGGCCUGGACCCCCCGUCCCCCACCCACCCCGAACCCCCCAAAACCCCAAAAAACCCCCAAAGCUCCCCCCAAAACCAGACCCCAAAAAGCCAAAGCCCCCAAAGCCAAGGCGGGGAAGACCCCAAAAGUGAAGCCCCCCAAAUUUGGGGACGUUUUCACCCUGGGGGACUCAGACCCCGAGGUCCCCCCCAUUGUCCUGCGGCCGGGGGGGCCCUGCACCCCCCACCCCAAAUCGGGGGUGCCCCCAAAAGCGCGGCUGGGGGGGCCCAGGACCCCCUUCACCAUCUUCAGCGAGGAGCCCUCCCCCCCUGGGGGCAACUCCCGGCUCCACAGGGCCCCCAAAAUCCCAGGAAGGGUCAAGUCCCGGAUCAGGGUGACAUUCAGUGACAGCGACCCCGAGCCCCCAAAUCCCCCCAGAUCCCCCCAAAACCACCCGGAAAAAAAUUCCUGUGCCCAGAGGAGGGUUCAGCCCCAAAAAUCCCCUGGGAAUUCUCCAGGAAUUGGGGCUCAGCCCCGGCGGGGGGCGGCCCCGGAAGGAGCUGAGGACCCCAAAAAGAGGGAAAAAAAGGGGGAUCAACCACGUGGAAAAUCUGGAAAAGAAGGAAAAUGGCAAUCCCAAAUGGCUCUGGAAAAGAGGGAAAGAAGGGGAAACCCCAAAAUGGAAAAUGUGGGAAAAAACGGGAAACCCCAAAAUGGAAAAUGUGGAAAAAAGGAGAAAUCCCAAAAUGGAAAAGGUGGAAAAGAAGGAAAAACCCCAAAAAUCUCUGGAAAAGAAGGAAAACAGGGGUCCCCGUGGGGCUGGAGGUCCCCGGGAAAGAAGGAGAGGGGGAAGCCCCAGAGUGGAAUUUUGGAGGAAAAGAGGAACUGGGAAUUCUCUGGGAUUGAGGAGCGGGACCCCCUGAGGGCCGUGGAGGAGGAAGAGGAGGAAGAGGAGGAGAGUGAGCUUUGAGCUCUGCCGCUGCCCCCAGCUGGGGCCAGCGAGGAAAUCCCAGGAACUGGGGGACAAGGGGGAUCCCCCAAUCCAGAGGGAUCCCACCCCUCUGCCCAGCCCGGUGACCCCUCACUGGACACUGUCCGGUCCCUCCUGGCCGAGGCCCUGGCGUGGGUCGGUCACUUCCCGCCGGGCUCUCUCUAUGGCCAGCUGUGCCAGCUGCUGGCCAUGGCCCUGGGGGACAGGGACCCGCUGGCCACCGCGGGGCUGCUGGCAGAGUCCCUGAGCGUCACCAUGCGCCACCAGCUGCUGGCCAUCGUCCACGCCAGGGCACGGAAGAAGAGGAAAGCAGCAGCCGGAGGGGACAUCUCGGAUCAGCUCCGGGGCCUCUCCCUGGAUUCCCGGAAUUCCCAGGAUUCCCAGGAUUCCCAGGAUUCCCAGUCCCACCUGGCCGAGCUCGAGGAGCUUUUCCAGUUCAGCUCCACGGGUUUGGGGCCGGCGGAGCGGGAACGGUUCCGGGAGCAGCUCCAGAAGAUUCCCAGCGGUGUCACCGUGUGCCAGCUGUCCCUGGCCAGUGCCACGCCCGGGGCCCUCGGGGACACGCUGCUGCUGACGCGGCUGGAGCGCGGCGCGGAGCCCCUCAGCGUGCGCGUCGCCACCGGGCGCUGCCAGGUCAGCCCCCUGAGCGAGGUUCUGCGGGAAUUCGAGCGGAUCCAGCGGGAGCAGCGCGAGGCCAACGCCUGCACGGAGCGCCAGGAGUGGUGGGAGCGGCGAUCCCGCCUGGACCUGCGCAUGCAGAGCCUGAUCCAGAGCCUGGACUCAGAGGUUUUGGGGUGCUGGCGGGUGCUGCUGCCCCGGGAUCCCGGGAAUUCCGUCCUGGAGGAGCAGGAAUUGGCCCGGCUGCUCCAGGAGCUCCGGGAAUGCGGCUGGGAGCGCCCCGAGCCCGCCCUGCUCCGGGCGCUGCUGGCGGUGCUGUGUCCGGCCGAUGUCCGGCCGCUGGCCGCAGCCCUGUGUCCAUCCCGGCCGCUGCGGGCGCGGCUGCUGCUGGACGAGGCCCUGGAGCGGCGCCGGGAGGGCCCCGGGGGCAGCGCGGGGUCCCUGGUGCUGCUGCUGGACAGGCACCUGCAGCGCCUGCCCUGGGAGAGCUCCGGGACGCUCCGGAACGUUCCGGUGACGCGGCUGCCGGGGCUGCGCUUCCUGCUGCGCUACGGGCUGCCAUGGCAGCACUCGGGCUCGGUGCUGAGCCGGGGCGUGAACCCCAAAAACGCCUUCUACGUCCUGAACCCCCAGCGCGACCUGGGCGGCACCGAGGAGAGGUUCCGGGGCUGGUUCGAGAGCCAGCCCGGCUGGCGCGGGGUGUCGGGGGCGGCGCCGAGCCCGCAGCAGCUGCAGGAGGAGCUGGGGGAGCGCGACCUCUACAUCUACGCCGGGCACGGGGCGGGGGCGCGGCUGCUGGACGGGCACAGCCUGGCACGGCUGCCCUGCCGGGCCGUGGCGCUGCUCUUCGGCUGCUCCAGCGCCGCGCUCGCCCCGCGGGGGCCCCUCGAGCCCUCGGGCACCGUCCUGAAGUUCGUCCUGGCCGGGUGCCCGCUGGUGCUGGGGACGCUCUGGGACGUCACGGACCGGGACCUGGACCGGCUGGCGCGGGCGCUGCUGCAGGGCUGGCUGGGGGGGGGCCCCGGGACCCCCCUGCUGGCCCAGCUGGCGCAGGCCCGCGCAGCCCCCAGACUCAAAUGGCUGAUCGGGGCCGCGCCCGUGGCCUACGGGCUCCCGGUCAGCCUCGGCUGAGGGCUGGGGGGGCCUUCAGUGCUUUUGGGGUUCCCCCAUUGCCUGGAGUGAGGGUUUGGGGUCCCUUUGGCAUCUUUGGGGUCCCUUUGGCAUCUUU